CACUAGUAGCAACACAGAAGUCAUAACUCAUAAUAUUAAAGUAUCUACUCACCAACAGUCAAAUGUGUUAUUAUAGAUAGACGUUGGUGUGGAUUAUUUCAUUCUUUAAAUAAAAUAAUUGUUAAGCAUUCAGCACAUAUUAAUUUGAAUAUAAAAAAAUAAAUAAAAUCUUAAUUGAAAUAUAGCAUGGAAUAAAUAUCCGCCGGCGACUAGUUUGGUUUAAAAUUGUUAAAAAGUAAAAGGAAGAAUAUACCGGCUUUAAAUUCUUUUAUCAACUAGGCAAAAUGGAAGAUUUGGAUAUUAUAGAAAAGGCUUUAAAAAACCUUGAAGCUACUGAGGCAUCAGAAGAAAAGGCCAGUAAUUUUGAAAGUCUUUAUAAAAAUUGGGGAAAAAGUGGUAGCCAAGAAGAAAGAAGGAAGCAGUUAUUAGAGAAUCAGAAAGGGCAAAGGAAGAACAAAAUCGAUAAUUUUCGUGGAAUCUUGGAUCUUGUAAAUGCUGUUGAGGAAAGCAAGCUCUUUAAACCAUAUAAAAAGGUGCCAUACAGGCCAAAUAUAUAUGUGUCCGGUUUUCACAAGACUUGUUUGACAUAUAGCAAUGUUUUGAUGUUGUCCGAGUGGAUGAUUGAAAAGCCAAAUGAUUUCGCCACUAAUUGGUAUGUGCUGCCAUGUCCCAAAGGCAUAAGGUUACUUGUUGUAGCUAAUCAUGGUACAACAAAGUUCUACACAAAGCGUGGUCAAUUUAAAUUUGAGUGCAACACUGGUUUACCUGGAGGCAAUCCCUACAACUGCUACCGCAGGAACUGCUGUGUGUUGGACUGUUUCUAUAAUGAAAAAAAUAACACAGUGUAUCUCAUUGACAUGCUGGCUUGGAAUAAUCAACCAAUGACCGAUGGGGAGACAGAAUUUAGACAAUAUUGGAUGAAAACUCAACUUGAAGAUUUCCCAGAUACAAAAACAAUCAAUAAGAAAAACAAGGUUAUUAUAAAAUUACUCCCAAUGAUGCCAUGCACAAGCCAAUUCCUUAGUUUCCUUUUAAGCACAUAUCCACAGUUUGAGGAUAACAAUCCUCCCUUAGACGGUCUCCUUUUCUAUCACAAACGUGCUCACUAUGUGGCCGGUGAAACACCUCUAGUUGGAUGGCUCUACCCAUAUAUGAUACCUGAAGUACUCGGUGAAGAUAUAACGAUGCAUCCUGGAUACAUGUCUGAAAAACCGGACAACUAUGUGAACCAGGCUGAGUUUAUUAAACAGUUUGAAGAGAAAUUGUCGAAAAGGUACAGAAGAUUUACCCAGAAUACUGAAAUGGAGACAGAAAGUAACAAUGAGAUAGUAACAUCAGGAGGAUCUCAACUCGAAGGAACCAAAGAGAUAAAAAAUCAAGAAUCAAUUGAGACACAGGAUAUAGAACUGGAUAUAGAAGAGAAAUCGGAUGAUAAAUAAAGAAAAGCGCACAUUAUAACAUAACAUGGAAUGGAUAUACAUAUCUCUUUCUCACUCAUUAGUUAGAGGAAUGAGGGAAGAAGAGCGUAUUAAAUGAAACAAGACCAGUAUUUAUUGACAUGCGAAAAGAUUUGGAGGACAGUUGGAAAAAAGUCAUAAUUCAUAUUACACUUCAAAGCUAUUUGAUAUCUUAUUGUUAGUUGUUCUUUGAUUACUUACAUUGUGUAAGAUUUAAAUAUAUAUAUAUUACUACAUUGAACGCUUAUUGUUUUGACAGUAGAUGUUGAACUUCGCACAGUAGAUGUUGAACAGUAGAUGUUCCACGCUUUUUAUGAAAUGUUCCUGACUCAAUAAAUACUACAACUGUGAA